AGUGAUCGGAUCACGGAGCUAGGUAAAGGUGUUCAUGCCGCGGUUGUCCCGCUUGUUUGUUGCGGAGGUACUGCCGGGACACCCCAAAAUGGCCGCAUUACCUUGAACAAGGCAUGCGCAUGAAAGGAGAGUACAAGCAAUUCUUGCAUGCAACUAAUAAUGAUCUUUCAUCUACCACAGCAAAGCCCGAAAUACCCAAAUGUUGGAUCAACCGCCCCUAUCCCCACAAGUGCUACUCAAUCUAUUCCGCAACCGCGCGACUCCAAACAGCUCAACCCCCUCUUCCCUCAAAACAACGAACCAAAACAGCAACCCAAGCUCGCCAAGAUGCCCUCCCUGCACACCCACCAGCCGCUCCUCGUCCAACUGCAUGCCACCCUCUACUACCGACGCUACAACCCAAACUCCAACUCCAGCACCACCGGCCCCAGCACCACCAGCAACACACCCAACGCCCCCAAACUUUUUCACUCACACAGACUUCCUCCCACGACCUUCGCGGCCGAGACGGUCAUCCCCCCCCCCAACAUUCGACAGCCCCAUCACCGACACCCACAGCGCCCUCAACCCCUACCCCGGGCACCCCUGGCACCACCACCACCCCCGCCACCGACACCCCUCCCAACACCACCACCAGCCAUGCCACCACCACCAAAGCCAGCCAUGCCAACAACGACGACGACGGCAGCACGCCCCCCGACCUCUUCCUGCGCUCCCUCGACAGCAGCUGCGUAGUACGGGUGCGGGCCGUGACGCGGCACACGCCCUUUCGGUUCGAGAGGCAUGUGAAUUACGAGGUGGAGCGGGCGUUUGUGUGGGCUGGUGUUGGUGAGAGUGGGGAUGGGGGUGGUUCUGGGGUUGGUGUUGAGGAUGGGGCUGGUGGUGUUGCUGGGGCUGGGGUUGGGUUUUCUGGGGUUGGGUUUGGGAAUGGGGUUGGGGUUGGUUUUCGUUCUGGGGUUGGUUCUGGCGCGGUGUCGACGUUGUCGAUGAGGGGCCUGCGUGGCGCGGAGAUCGCGCGGCAGGUGGAUAUGAUGCGGCGGCGGGGGUAUCGGGAUUGGGUGAGGGUGGAUAUGGCAGUGGAGAUUGAGGCGGGUAGGGAGUUGCAGGAGAGGGAGGAUAUGGCGGUGGAGAUUGAGGCGGGCAGGGAGCUGCAGGAAAGGGGGGAGGUUCGGUGGGUUUCGGCGGGGGAGGAGAGCGACGACGAGGGUUGGUCGGAGUGAUGGGGUCAGUGGAAGGGGGAUUGGUAGGGGCGGACGCACGUUUAAGGGGGGGGGGCAUGCUUUAUGGUUUAGUUCCAGGCAGUUGACACUAGAAGGAAAGAAAGGAGUCGUUGACCGUCUUGUUGCGAUAAACUUGUGGGUCAGCUCGUUGUUGAGGUGCUGCGGAUUCGACUUGGUCUUGGAACUGGUUCGGACGGCAUCAGCAACAAAGGGGAAGGAAACUACACAACAGCAAGACAACACUGGCGGGAAGGAUGCUAUCUUUAGGACGGAAGCCAUGUUGCCGCUGUGCUCUGAGCGGCCCGCGCACACUCGGCCGCGUCAUG